GAAGGACGGAGUGCUCCGUUUAAACAACGUUAUCCCUCUCUACUCGUUCCUGGCAUCGUGCCACUCGUCGGUUUAUCCCCUCUUCUGUAUUAGACGCCAGCCAGCGAAGUGGCUGCUAUGGCGAUGUUUACAGCGUAGUCACGGCGACCGGCCAUGUGUUCAGUCGGUGGUUUGUCGCGCACCGGUUAAGAGUGGUUAAGAGAAGGUUGUCGUGCGUGUGUUUGCCUCGUGGUUCUUCGUGUACCUUCGUUUUACGAAAGCGUUCUAGUGCAUAGAAACCACUUGACUGUCAAACUAAACACUUGGCGUCCUACUGCUGCAGGUUGUUCGACAUCCUGUACUUGCAAACUACUCUGGAUUUCGUAGCAGUUACGAUAAUUAAACGAUUCAGAGUACAAUCACUUAAAUUGUUAAAAAUUCGAGCAGACCGAUCUUGUGAAUUUAAAAGUUACAACUUUAUUCGUGAAACACAUUUUAACCGAAUUCGGUGGUGGCUUGGAUAAACGUUGGAAAAUCGAGACGAUGAAAGUGUCGUUGAAAACUUGGUACGAAAUAACGCAUAUUAAAAUAUCCUGCGCCUCGCUUGCGAUUAAUCUACAAAGUGACAACGUACACGCGAAGAAGAAAUUUUACGUAUGAUCGCGUAUUUCGAAUCGAAGAUAAUUCGCGCGAGUCGUUGACAUGCGCAGUUACGAUAGUUUCCCGCUAGGACGUUCGAUUUAGAGAUAUCGAAAAGAAUCGGAAGUUGCUCUUUUCGAUGAGAAUCGAAGGAGUUCGAGAAGUGAAGAAGAACAGUGACUAGCGUCGUAUGUUAUGACUGGCGUAUUUUUUACGAGGCAAAAGGAGGAGAACGAUGUGGGGUGGUUGCCGUUGAUCGUUGAUGCGCGAGAAAAGCGCGAAAAUCUCGUUGAAGAAGGACGGUCGGUGAAAUUUGGCGGCGGGGGUGGGCCGCAGGCUCGUUUGUCGGUGAUUGGCGCGGGAUACACCGGCACCGGUAGUGCUAAAAUGCCCCGUGGCCUGCCGACUAGACGAGGUCUCCAGGCGUUGGCACUUGUUCUCGCCACCGCUUAUGCUACGAUCCUCCUUUAUCAGGCCGUUGCACCUCGUCAGUGGGUCGACGAAAUGACGGUCGAAGUGAACAGUCGAAGCGUACUGGUGGAAAUACCAGUUUCAAGGAGAACGAUAAGCGAAGAAUCGUCGGUAACACCUGCAAUCGCCACGGCGACCAUGGCACCGUUCACCACGAAUCUCAACGAUGUGUUUAUCAGUGUAAAGACUACUAAACACUACCAUCAUUCUCGUUUGCCGGCCAUCAUCGGCACGUGGUUUCAAUUCGCCAAAGAUCAGACGUGGUUCUUCACCGACCGCGACGACCCGUACUUCCAGAACGAAACCAACGGCCAUAUGAUCAACACCAAGUGCUCUUCCUCCCACAACAGGCGGGCCCUUUGCUGCAAAAUGUCCGUCGAAUUCGACAGGUUCCUCGACAGUGGCCGCAAGUGGUUCUGCCACUUCGACGACGAUAAUUACGUGAACGUGCCACGCCUGCUAAAGCUUCUGGACAACUACAAUCCACGGGAGGAUUGGUACCUGGGCAGGCCCUCGAUACCGGCACCCUUGGAGAUCAUCAGGCAAGGACCGGAACCCUCCAAGAGACCGCAAAAGGUGAAAUUCUGGUUCGCGACCGGUGGCGCUGGAUUUUGCAUCAGCAGGGCGCUCGCCCUUAAAAUGACCCCCGUGGCUGGAGGAGGAAAAUUCAUUACGGUGGGUGACAGAAUCAGGUUGCCCGACGACGUGACGAUGGGAUACAUAAUCGAGUACCUACUGAAGAAGCAACUCACAGUCAUCGAGCAAUUCCAUUCUCACUUGGAGCCAAUGAAGUUUUUGAAUAAGGACACCUUCGGCGAUCAGGUGUCGUUCAGCUACUCGAAGGGUCCUAGGGACGAGUGGAAUAUCCUGAAGAUCGACGGCUUCGACAUGAAGGACGAUCCAAAGAGAUUCAAGUCUAUUCACUGCCAUUUGUUCCCGCAUGUGGCCAAUUGUCCUCACAGAUGAUGAUCAACCGGAUGAAGGAUCGCAGCUGAGCCGAAUCGACCUAGAGAGUCGGGUCUUCGAGGACCUUUUCGCCUAUUCGCAGGACAUCGCUUUGUACUUUGUUGUCUCUUGUUAUUUCGUGUUUUAUUUGCUGUCGAUAAGACGACGAUGAUCGUAGAUCGUGUGAAAUUUAGUGUGGUAGUCAAUUUCGUUAGGGGUUCAACAGACAUGCAUCGAACGUUCUAAGGAUAUGUUUAUCCUGUUGGACACAAUUUACAACCGGUAGCUUCUACCUAGUAACCAGUAGAAGAUGACUGGUUCCUGUAAAAUUUGUACAUACGCGUAGAUACACGAGACUUUGGAAACAUUUACAUAAUGUUGUCUGAAAGCCUCGUCGUUUCUUCGGGGGCCAAAUACCGAUGGUGGACCAAGCGAAACCAUCGGCGUCUUGCUCGUAGAUCGUAUUUAUACAAUGUAGGGAAGAGAGAUUUCUGUUUUAAGCGUGGAAAGUUUAACGUAUUCAGAUUGUACAUAUGGAAAUAGAACUCGUGUCUGGCGAACGUUAUCGAGCCGACCAAAAGAAACUUUGAUAACGUUGGCAGCACACGAAGAGAGAUGAGAAGAUUAUUUUGGCGACAUUCUCGUCGCCCCUAUAGGGAAAUUACCUUAAGCUAGUCUCCUGUGUAAUGUCUAAUGAAGCAAAUGCCCGUACAAUGUGAUAUUUAAUAGGUGUGAGUGGAAUUCGCGUUUGUCCCUUUCUUUCUGGUGCGUGUGUUCAAGAGGAGAUCGGAUGCGAAAGUACUUUGAAAAUUCAAACGUACAUUCGCGCGCAAAGUGCAUCGUUGCAUCGUUGCACUUUGCGCGCGAAUGUACACCGGUCGGAAAGGAGACGGAUUGUGUCGUUUUCAACCAGUGACCAGUGAUCUCCGUUUGCGUGCUAUCGAUUCAAUCGAUGUGCAAUAUAGAGAUUUUAGAGAUAAUGUGUCGUGAGAAAACACACGUUUAUGCACCUGUUGCGCGUCGAACUGGAUAUGUGUAGAGAAGGAAAACUCGAAUGAAGUCAGAGGAUACAGCGGAUGUACGUUUAUAAUAAUGAUGUUUUAUAUAAUAUACGGACAUAUCUAUAUUACAGAA